AAGCCCAUGAUAUCGUCGGUUAAAUGGAAAAAUGACAUUUCUCAAAAUUUUCAGAAAGUAAGGUUAUCAUUAAAAAGAGUCUGUUAUCAACAUUAUUUUUAUAUGGAUAAAAGACACUUUAUAAAAUUACACGUUAAGCUCACUAGAUGUCGCAAGUGUCAUUUCGGUACUUUAUGUUCAUCUGCCAUAUUGGUUGUAGAAUAACGUCACUCUGCCAUUUGCAACCCAGCCACGGAACUGAGUACAUGUGCGUUUUUAUAGAAAAUUGUCAUUUUUCAAAAAAGUGUUUGGAUACGAUUGCAAAAGGAUGAAGCGUGGUGAAAAAAUGGUAAAAAUGAUUACGACGUCUAAAGAAUUUUCUAAGGAGAAUCCAGUAGAGUUUAAUUCAGUUCAGUUAAAGUCAAAUGAAGAUCCACAAAUAUCUGUAAUAUCUUAUGUGCCCGAAUUCAUAAAACCAGUUACUACAGAGCCCGAGCCAGUUUUUCAAGACCAUACCUCAGCUACUGAGGAUAAAUAUCCACCAAACGAAGUAUCUACAUCUAAAUUAUGUGAGAUUAUCGUCGUCGAACCACUGCAAAAUAAUUUGAAUUGCACACGCACUCCUUUGAUUAGUUUAAGUAGCAAUGUUAAGGUACCGACUCCUAUUAGCAACAAUUCUUUUUUGGAUUUACAAAUUAUUCCAUACCUGCCAAAUGAUCAACCUGGGCCGAGUACAAAUAUUAUGGAAUCAGCUGAUGUAAGUGAUUCAAAAUCAGAAGAAAGUACUAACGUUCUCUUUUCAGGCCAACCCAAGACUUCAUGCAAUAUAAUAAUAUCGGAAUCAGAUAUUUCCUAUGAGGACGAUGACGAUAGUUCCUUCAACUCCAUUCCUGAUAGUCAAAAGGACUUUUCGUCUGACGACGUAGAUAAUGACCCUGAUUUUAUACUACGCAAAGAUCUUGCAAUGUCAUCGACAUCUUCGGAAGAUGAAAUCGCUACAGUGAAUGAAAACCUAGAAAAUACAGUUGACGAUGGAAACAAAAAAGCAAAGACUGGCCGAAAAAGAAAAGCUGUACCGGAAGAAUGGAGCAAAAAUAAAGCUAAAUUAUUAAGAAAUUCUGGAAAAGCGUAUACAUCGACAUCGAAGUCACAAAAACAAAUGCAAGAAAGACAAAUAAAACCAACAUGCACUGAAAAAUGUAAACUGAAAUGUUAUAACAAGAUUAGUGAGGAAAAGCGGAAACUUAUAUUUAUGAAUUACUGGAAGAUGGGAAAUUUAGAUAAGCAACGUCAAUUUAUUAAUAAACAUGUAACCGCAAUAAAACCGAAGUAUAGAUAUAUUCGCGAAGGAAGUACAAGAAAAGAUUAUAACCAUGCCUUCAAUUUUGAAGUAGACAGAGAAAUAAUUCGGGUUUGUAAGACUUUUUUUAAAAAUACUCUGGGUAUAUCCGACAGACCGAUAAGAACAGUAAUUUCAAUGCAAAACUCUACAGUUGGAGGGUUUCUGAAUGAGGACAAAAGAGGAAAGCAUCGCAAACACAAUAAGCUUGAUGCUGCAAUUAUUGAUGGGAUCAAAGAACAUAUCAAUUCUAUACCUAGAAUUGAAAGCCACUACUGUCGAGCUAGUACGAGUCGGGAAUACAUUGAAGGAGGUCUCUCUAUUGCACAGCUACAUAGGGACUAUAUUACAAAAUGUCGAUUGGAAAACGUUCCUCACGCUGAUUAUCAAAUAUAUUACAAUAUAUUUACCAAAGAAUACAAUAUUUCCUUUUGGUCUCCGAAAAAAGACCAAUGCGAGGAUUGCGCUGCUUAUAACAAUGCAGAAGAUAAAGAGCCGUUAAAAAUCAAAUAUUACUCGCAUUUAGAAGAAAAAGAUUUAGUAAGAAAAGAAAAAGAGUUAGACAAAGAAAAUGCCAAUGAAAAAUGUAUAAUUGCCGUCUAUGAUUUGCAAGCUGUAAUGCCGUGCCCAAGAGGUGAUGUAUCCAAUUUUUAUUAUAUAUCAAAACUUAAUGUUCUCAACUUUACUAUUUACGAACUCGGAUCCAAAGACGUAAACUGCUAUGUCUGGCACGAAGGUGAAGGGGCCAGAGGAGUCAAUGAAAUAGGAUCCUGCGUUUUAAGUUAUUUAAGAAAUUUACAAGAUAAAAUCAAAGACGAUUUUGAUGUCAUAUUUUAUAGUGACAACUGCUGUGGACAGCAAAAAAAUAAAUAUAUGAUUGCAAUGUAUAUCUACGCCGUAACUUAUCUAGAAAAUUUAAAUUCUAUAACCCACAAGUUUCUCAUAAAGGGUCACUCACAAAAUGAAGGAGAUUCCGCGCAUUCUGUGAUUGAGCGUAACAUUUCAAGGUCUUUGAAAUCCUCACCUAUUUACGUCCCGGAACAAUACAUAACAUUGAUCAGAACUGCCAAAAAAAAAGGAAAUCCAUACAAAGUCCAUGAACUAAAUCAUGAGAGCUUCUUUGACAUUAAGAAAAUUGCAGACGGUGUCGGUUCAAAUUUUUCAAGCAAUGAAGACCGAGAAAAGUUAAAGAUGGGAGAUAUUAAAGUUGUCAGAGUGGAAAAAAAGUUUAAUGAUCGAUUCUAUUACAAAUGUUCGUAUAAAGAAGAUAGUUUCAAAACUGUCAUGGUCAAAACUAGAGCUACCAAGAAAAAAACUAACUUGUGUUCCGAAUUACAGCCGCUGUACUCAACAAAAUUGGAUGUAUCUGACACUAAGAAAGCCGGUAUACUUACACUAAUAGAUAAAAACAUAAUUCCCCGAUUUUAUAAAAACUUUUAUCAAAGUCUUUAACCAAAUAAUCUCACAUUGUUUUUCUUUUGUGUGAUACGUUAUUUACUAAAUAGUUUUUUUUUGGAUUUUGAAAUCAUCUCAAAAACCUAUUUACAAUAUCUAGGUAGACUGAGUAUGAAACUUUACAUAUAUUUUGGAAUAUUUUAAUUUUUUUUGAAGAGGCUCUAUAACUUUUAAAUAAGUAGAUACUAAUAAUAUUUUAGUUUUAUAAUUGAUUGGUAGAAUCAGUACAAAAAUGCAUACUAAAGCUAAUAAUAAAAAAUUGAUUUACAUAAAGGAGAAAACGUUUUCAAUAUCUUAUGAAACAUAUUUUACAGAUUUUACAGUUUUAUAUUCUUAUUCAAAACCCAAAAUAAGCAGAUUUAAGUUUAAGCUCAUUGAUCUCAAUAUUGUUGCCAUUGAUUUAUCUAAUAAGUAGGGAUUACUCUUAAAAUAGAGGUUUGUUUAUGAUUGUUAUUGCAUAUAAUUUUAAGUGGAUUUGUAAUUAUUUGAAUACCUCAAUUUAUAAAAACCAUAUACUUAAUAAAACCAUAUUUUUUCCA